AUGGCCGAGAAUAUUGUUUCCCAAGAGAAUUCUGCAGCAGAGGUUCUAGAUUCAGAAAUAUGGUCUAAAUUAACCGAUGGAAUAAUAGAGGAAAUAUUUCACCGGCUUCCAAUAGAAUCAGUUGCCAGGUUCCGUAUAUUGAGCAAGAACUGGAACAACUGUCUAUCUGGUCAGCGAUUCCUAACUUGGAGGAGGGAAAAUUUCAAAGAGCCUCGAUGGCUCCUCCUUAUUCCCCAUGAUAGAUCAAAGUGUUACCGUUUAAAUUUGUUAACGAUGACAUUGAAGGUUUUUCGUAUUGAUCCUGUGGUAUUGGCAUCUGUGGGAGGAUUACUGGUGAGAGAGGACAUUGCAAGGACAGGACUAUUUUUGUACAAUCCGCUUACAAGAACAGAAACUCAAGUUCCUUAUAGGGGGAACAAUCAACCUGAGAAAUCCGUUAUAAUAUGCAAUCCAGUAAGAAAUACUUUUUUCGAACUCCCUGUGUCAACACUCUACAGAGAGGAUGCGAUAACAGUGAGAGACAUUACGUGGCAGGGCAACAAUUAUCCUUUAGUAGCAGUGCGCCAUGGAUUAUUAGAAGUUUAUAAUUUUACGAAUCAAUCGUGGGAUAUUCAACCAGUGGGAAAUCAUUUGAGAGUUGGAGAUGUGGUUUUCUUUAAUGGAUUAUUUUUGUGUAUUGUGCACAUUUGCAAUGUAAUAUAUGGUCCUUGGCAUAUUAUGGUUUUCGACAUGGGGAAUCCACCAAUAUUACGUCUAUUAUGGAAUAAGCCCGAACCUUCUCCUCCUUGGGCAGAUCCUCACCUGGUUGUAUGUGGGUCAGCACUUGUUCUCAUAACACAGGAUUCAUUUGACUUACGCUUGUGGGAGUUGCAGUGUGAUAAUAUUCCUGAAAUAAUUUCAGACUCACCGUGGAAGAAGAUUGGAAACAUGCCAGCAGACGAGUUGUUGUUUUUGUUUUCAGACUUAAUUAUACCCGUUCAACCAUUCAUAUACAAAUCCCUCUCAGUAGGGAAUUAUAUCUGCUUCGUAAGAGAAGAAACCGGAAAUCUAGUCUUCUUCAAUAAAGAAAAUCGUUCAUGGAGUCGCUUCUCAGUGGGUGAUGAAGUAAAGAAAUUGAGAGGUGGUGUUAGUGAAGAAAAUCAUUCAUCGAGUCGCUCUUCAGGGGGCGAUGAAGUAGAAAACUUGAUAAGUGGUGUUAAUGCAUAUGUUUAUGAGCCCUGGCCCUGA